AUGUUGUUAUCGGAUGGUAGUGGAGCAAAAUUAGGUUGUUAUGAAGGAAUUUCGCUUAUUUCUAAAGGAAAUGUGAAGUUAGGUAUGGAAUGUAUUGAAAAACAUCUCGAUGGUUUACAAAAUUGUGCUGAUCAACAACUUGUAAAGUGCUUAUGCCUUCAGCUCCUGGCACUUUUUUAUACUGAUUUAGACGUGUGCAGCAAAUCGAGGAAGCUAACUAGAGAGGCAAUCGAGGUUUGUAAAGAAAUUGGCAAUUACAAUCUCUUUUUAAUUGGUGAUUGUGAGGAAACUUUAUCUAUGACGCAAAAAGAAUACAAAGGCGAGCAAUUAAUAUUGUUUGUCUAUCUUUUAACUACGUGGUCAAAACUAAUUUUCAACGCGGAGACACAACUCUACUUUUUAAACUUUGUUCAUCAAUUAGAGCAGCAGUUAGAAAAUAAGGCAUACAAUGCUCCACAAUAUUUAUUUCCAGUAUUCACAUAUGGUGAUUCUCUUUUAGCUAUUCUUGGUGUUGGUGUGGGACAAGAGGUUCUUUUGGAUGAAAAAAUCGCAUUUCUUAAAAAAUCAGUGAUAUCUGAGGAUUGUUGUUUCUUGACAGAUAGGCCUAGAACAUUUCCGGUUAGGUCUUCUGAGCGAUUGCUCAGUUGCUAUAAUUUUUAAAUCGUUAGGGACGAUAAUGAAAUAAAGCAAGGUCCAAGUGUUGACACAUGCCGUAACGCUCUUGAUCUUUCACUUAAGCAAAAUGGUAAACAACAUUGGAAUACCGGGUUCUGUUACCUUAAAUUUGGCUUGGCUGAGAAUAAUGCUGAGAAUUAUAAAUCUGCUCUUAAUGCAUUUGAUCAGGCUCUUGAAAUUAUGACAACCACUAAUGAUGGGAGCAGCGGCAGUAAUGUUAAUCUAGCUGAUGUUUAUAUUGGGAAAGGAAAAUUGUAUACAUGGAUAGAAGAUUUCGAAUCCGCUAUUGCAUCUUUUGAGGAAGCACUUGGGAUAAAAAGGAAAUUGUACAAUGAAGGUACUAAAGAAAUCGCUCAAAUCUUAUUUUUGCUAGGGAAUUCGCAAAUGUAUUUGAAAGAUUUAUCUUCUAGUCUUGCAACACUUGAUCAGGCUUUGCAAAUAAGGAAAAAAUUGUAUGCUGAGAAGCCAAGCUCUAACGGGUAUUUAAAUGUAGUUGAAUGUUACUUUAUUAUUGGGCGGGUGCAUUACGAUCUUGGCAACAUCACUGAAAGUGUAAAAUGUUUCAAAACUGCACUUGAAGUUAGCACGGAUUGCGAUCAGAAACGUUCACUUGCACAUAGUCUUAUUUCUGUGGGAGUUCUAAAUUUGAAGGUAGAUGAAAACGUGUACGUGGAAUUGUUGAAAAGUUGUUUACCAGUAAUCAAGGAAAAUUAUAGGUUGUUAUUACCUGUGCUGUAUUUGGGAUUAGGUUUAAAACAAGUUGAGUCAGGAAAGUAUAAAGCUGGUCUAGCGUUCUUUCAAGAAGCUCUUGACAUUGAGAUAGAGGUCACACUAAGAAACAAUCUUGCUUUUCGACAGACGACGGUUUCAGGCUACAUUGCAAUGGGUGCAACCUUAUUUAAUAUUGAAAAAUUUAAAUUGGCAGGAAAGGCAAUUGACAGAGCUAUCCAAAUAGCAGAAUCACUUCCUAAAUUAGAUAAACGGUAUUUUUUGAUAUUUCGAUGUAAUUACUGGAAGGGCCGCAUUCAAAUUGAAUUGCGGAAAUAUAUUACAGCAAUUGAUUCCCUUAAACGCGCACUUCUGCAACUUCCAAAAAUUCUUAAUCAAUCCUCUAAUACGUUUGGAGUAUUUAAGUGUCAUGGCGCGAUAGCAACAGCUUAUUUCUUUGUUGAAUUUUAUGAAGAUUCGCUUACGUCGUUGUAUGACUCAUUAUCCGUCAUCAGAUAUCUUUUUCCAGACGGAAGCGAAGAUGAAGCUGAAGGAUAUGUCGUUGUGGCUAAAGUCGCACAAAAAAUGAAAAACAAAACUUUGGAAGUGAAUAAUCUGCGGUUGGCGUACAAGACGUAUUCUAAAAUUCUAGGGAAAACCCACUUCCAGACAGAAAGAAGCUAUGUUGCAUAUGUCAGAGCUCUAAUAGGUCUAGCUUAA